GUAUUUCCAGACUAGAUUUUUCACAAUCAAUAAACCAUUCACGUAGACUACAACGAACACCUAGCUAUAAGGAACACAUCGUAAAUUGUGGCCCGUCUGCACUCCAGUAUUGAUCGACCACAGUCUACUUCUGCCUGCGCUCCAAGCCGGUUGCAACUCGCUGCAUCUGAUUAAAGUGACGAACAUGUCUUCUGAAAGUGGAAAGAAGGAAAUAAAGAAGGAUCGUGUGAAAAAUGGACGUGUGGGUGACGUCAAACCAGCUGCCCAGCCUGUGAAAACUCAGUAUGAAAAGGACAUGGAGGAGCUGGAGAGACUGAAACAGGAAGUACGCGAAGACAUGAAGAGACACCUGAAAACACCAUUCGUGAAGAGAAACUAUGAUUUCCAUAAGAGGUCCAUCGCUCCUGAGUAUUUCGAGCGCUUCGAGUUGUACAUCUACUCGGCGUGCCUGAUACAUCCUUACCCGCUCUGCUGGAAGAGGCUCCCCGAUGGCAGGGUCACCGUGUUCGUGCGUCCCCACAACAAGUCAAUACUAUGUGCUAACUCCCCCUAAGUAUUGCAACCCUCCCAUGGCAUCCCUUCUUCAAUUCUCCGUAGAUUUGUCACUUUUCUAACAAACUGUCUCCAAGAAAAUUCAAUAAAAAUCCCUUUUCACAAUUUUUUUACAUAUCAAAAGGAAACUUACCU